AUGGCACUUCAGAACGUUUGUAAUAAAGAUAUGAGCUUGGUGUCAUCCAGUGAUGUGAAACCGAGAUUGAAAUGGAAUCAAGAAUUGCACGAAAGAUUUAUCGAUGCAGUUAAGCAGCUUGGAGGUGCAAAUAAGGCUACACCGAAAUCCUUAAUGAAGGUGAUGGGCGUUGAUGGACUAACAUUGUACCACCUCAAGAGCCAUUUACAGAAAUAUAGGAUGGGAAAGAAUCAACAAUCGCAAUCCUACUACGAGGAUAAUGAACAAGAAAACUACAGAGAUAACCAGAGUCAAUUAAAAAAGGAUUGUGAUGGAGAGCAGAAUCGGAUUAAUGAAGGUUUACAGAUAGCUCAGGCUCUACAAGUGCAAAUGGAGGUGCAGAGGAAACUUCAUGAACAAAUUGAGGUCCAAAGGCAUUUACAGCUGAGAAUUGAAGCACAAGGAAAGUAUUUGCAAUCAGUCCUGAAGAAAGCACGGGAAAAACUUGCUGGAUAUUGUUCUUCCUCUACUGAAGUCGAACAAGCAAAAGCUCAUGUUUCUCAAUUAAUCGCGAUGGUUGACACUGGGUGUCCAAGUCCUUCAUUAUCAGUUUUGACAGAGAGCGAAGGCUUAUUUUUAAAAGAUGCAAAGAAUAUACUUCCAAGACAUACCGGAUGCUCAUUUGAGAGUUCCUUCACAUCAGCCGAGAGCUCGAGCAUAGAGGAAGAAACUCGUCCGAUUCUUGGCUUUGAUGACAAUGAGGAGAAUAAAGCUUCCAAAAGAUGUACUAGGAAGAGGGAUUCCCUUGUGCUCUCACUGAUGGAAAUGCAUCCGGCAGAAAAAAGUGGAUCGGAGAGUGAAGGUAGCAAAAUUAAAAGGAACAGAAGUAAUAUUUAUGAUGGUAAUUCUAUUGAGCAACCAUCCGGUAAAAAUUUAGAAGGGCACAGAAGUCGUGAACAAUUGAGAAAGUUUGGAUUAUUGGAGACCUUUGAUUUGAACACCGAGUUCCUGACAGAGUUCGAUUCAGGUUCAAAAGCAAUAGACUUGAAUCGCAAUGCAGUCGAGCAAUAUACUGGAAAUCCUUAG